UCCCGUUUCAUUCACGACUACUCUUUUAAUUUCACAAUUCCGCUGUAAAUUAAACUGUCUGGAUUUGGAUAAGUAGCCGAUUGCUGUUUGAGCUAGUGAUUUGAUUGCUUUCUGUUUCCAUUUGGAUUGUUCAAAAACUGUUUGGAUUUUGUUUGGAUAGUUUUCUCUAGAUUGUGGAACUAUGAAAUGAGAAGAUUUGAUGCCUUGUUAGAAACAUUUAGAGGGUCUUUGAUAGAUGACUGAGUAUUUUUAUCCUCAUCUCUAUGAUUUCUUCUAUACUGCCCUUUGUAAUGGGAUAUGGAUCAGCAAAUUAGCUCAAAUUAUAUAAAUUGUCAAGGGUUGGGAUACCAAACUCCCAAUCUAUCAUUGUAAACAAUACAUUAGGUUAUAUACUAGUAUUUUUAUCCAUCCAAGAUAAUCUGCAGUAGUAAAUGCCCCCUUUGGGAUUUCACUACUGCAUUACUCAACAAUUAGUGAGUAGAUUGCGCAGAUCACUUGGCAUCAUCUGCUAAGGAAUUUGGAGAAAGAGUCUAAUCUAGUUGAUUAGGAACAGAUUGUGCACUGGAUAAAGGACACUAGAAAAGCUUUUAACUUUACUGCUUUUGAUUAGUGCAAAUCGUGAUUAAAAGAGAUGUCAUCAAGAAGGAUCAACAUUUAAAAUGUGCAUUUCACCUGAGAGAUUGUCUAGGAUGGUGGCAUUAGGUUUAUAAAAGAAAUAUCUAGAUUCGUACCAUUUUGUGCAAUAUGGUUUUGAGAAAGCUCCUCUGGAACAUUUUCUUAUAUUCUUUGUUUAAAAGACAUGAUUGGGAAUUACCUGAAAUGUGAGCCAUUUAUAUCGAAUGCUUUUCUCUCUUUAUAUUCAAAAAUCAUUCAGAGGAAGGAAAGUACAUAAUGAUUAGUUUGAGUUUCCCUUGGAGUAUCAGUUUGCCUUUUCCAGUUUCUUUACUUGGAAUUUGGAAGUCUUUUUCUUUUCAGAUGGAGGCUACAAUAGACUUUCUCAUGGUCUCUGAACGAGAAUGUUUUAUUACGAUAUGAUUUUGGAUAUGCUGGUCAUUCCAUAUCAUUUAGCAGGUUUCAAUGCUAUCUUGUUUGAAGACACUGCCACCGCCAUCAACAACCAGUUAUUUUUCUUCCCCUGCUACACAAGGUGAUUCGGUUGAGAAUACCCCAACGUCAAGUGCUCAAACCGGUCAUAUUGACCUCACUCGAGAAUAUACUAUUGCAGUCCAAACAAGUUCUUAUGGUGAGAUUCGCAGAACAUUUGACCAAGACAGCUCUUUUGACCAAACUGUAGUUAGCGGACAUUUGGAGGGAAUUGAGGGAGAUCAGUUGUUGGAGCAAGUUCUACAACCAAGCCGUGAGUGUGUUCAAGAGACACUUUCCAUUAUUAGGCCCAGCCCGCUUACUGAUCUUGUUGCUACGUACUUCGAACAUAGCGAACAAACUUCUCGUUUAUGCUUCCUUCUCUACCAGAAAGUCAGCCAGGCUCGCUUGGCAUAUGCUCCUAUACACCAUCUUCUUGAGGACCUUCCUCCGGAGUUUGAUUCCGACUCAUAUUCCCUCUCUGAUUCCCAGUGCAACUUGGCAUACAAUGUCUUUCUCCAGUUUGACCGUCUUGAAAAUCCCUUUCUCUCUCAUGCUUCUCAGAACUUCGAUAAUGUGCGCCAGCGCUUCUCCCAGCUCACUCAUGAACUUGACCAUCAUCCAGUAAAGCCAAGGUCAAGGGUCCAUCUCCCACACUAUUGCUCAGCAGGAUCUGCCUUGUGUUUGAUUGCAGCGGCUGUUGGUGUGGCCAUGACAGCCGUAGCAAUAGCUACCCAUGCUCUAGGUGCCCUUGCGGGAAGUCCUUUAUGUUUCGCUCUUUUCCCUUCCAAUAUGAUCAAGAAAGAAAGGGGUAGCCUUGUUCAGGUUGAUGAGGCAUCAAGAAGUGCUUACGUAUUGCUGAGAGAUCUAGACACCAUUGAUCGCCUGGUUGCGCAUCUGCAUGCUGAUGUUGAAAACGACAAGUUCUCUAUCCAUCAUGCAUUGGAGAGGGACAUCGACAAGUAUCUCAUUCAGGAGGUUCUGAAACAGCUCCGGAGAAACCGCCCAAGCUUUAUGGAACGCCUUGCAUAUCUCGAGGACAAUUUGUUUUUAUGUUUUGCUGCAAUAAAUAGGACCAGAGCACGUGUUCUUGAAAAGAUCCAUCCGCAAGAACGAUAAAACCUUCCCGUGAAGAUUUUCAUGACACCACUACAUGCACAUGCACAAUGGUCCUAGUAUUGGUGUCUGCCAACUCCACAGGCUUUGCCACACUAAAGAUCUCGUGGUGUGUCACGAGCCAGACUCCUGAUAUCUCUACGUAUUAAGUUGAAGGCAGAAUUCUUUGAACAUGAUGAAGGAAUAUCCGCUUACGAUAUUCCACUGUGUAUGGCAGCCGUUUCACCUACAGGAUUUUGAUUACGAAACUUACUGCAGAAGCACCUCCCGAAGAUCUAUGAACCUAUUCUGUCAACAUGUUGCAGCUCAACUAGGUAGAAAGAAUGCUGAUAAGGCAUUCUUUGGAAGUUGGUUGUGCUAUGGAUGUUUGUCUGCGAACCUGAUCGUGUCGACCCUCUGUACUGACUGCUCCACGGAGUGAUUAUCGCUUUCUGGACUUCCCCUUUCAAAGGUGUGCUUUGUCAAUUAUGCAAAUAACAUAUUCAGCAUCUGUUCUGUAACAUUCCUUAAUGAGUAGCUUAGACUUCACUGUUGGCCAUUUUUUCGGCUUAACAUGAUGAACAUGCCUGAUUUUCGUAAUUCAGCAUAGGUCUGAAAUUAUAGUUGGAGACUUUGAUCGAAAUUAAUGGUUAGAAGUUUGUAUUUGAGUCCA